UCGCGCCUCAAGCACGGGUAGAGUCUUUAGCUUCCAGCGGACCGUAAAAGGGGCAGAGCACAGCACCGCGUAGCACAGAAUAAAGUCAAGUUCAGAGGUGACACAGAGAGAGUGAGAUAAGGCGGAACCCAUCGGAAACAUCUCCCCUUCUUUUCCUCACCAAGACGAAACCCCGGGAACAGGAAAGACGACACGAUGGUGGCGGCCGAGGUCAUCAACAACGUAAUCGCGCAGGGGUACCGGCUGGCGACGCACAGUUGGGAGUAUGGCGCGUUCGCGGAGGCGCUUCUCGAGUGGUACGACCCGGGGGCGUCCGUGUUCGGCGGCAACAGCGCGUUCCCGGGCGGCGGCGUACCCGUGCUGCGUGUCAGCAGUACGGAGGCUCUCACUUACACCCGGCCCUUGAUCUGGACGAACGGGACGACGCUGAUCGACGCUGACGGUUCGGCCGGCGACGCGGCCGCUCUCGGCGUGCCGGCGAUCCUAAUCGGGCAGACGGAGCCCGCGUACCUGGCGGCGGCGGGGCGGCAGGUGCGGCACCUCCUCGACGCGGUGCCGCGGUGGCCCAACGGCGCCAUCAGCCACCGCGAGACGGUCGCCGAGCUCUGGGCCGACUUUGUGUACAUGGCGCCGCCGACGCUGGCGUACUGGGCCGUGCAGACGCGCGACCCGGACCUCCUCGCGGCCGCGGUCGAGCAGUGCCUGCUGUACGGCGACGUGCUCGGCGUCGGCCGGAGCACCGCCGCCGGCGAGGGACGCGAUGCCGCGGGCGGGAACGCGACGGACGGGCUCUGGCGCCACAUCGUCGGGCCGCAGAGCGAGGACCUGGGGCUGUGGAGCACGGGGAACGCGUGGGCGGCGGCGGGGAUGAGCCGGGUGCUAGCGACGGCGGCGGGGUCGGGGCUAGGGCUGGGAGGGGGGGCAGCGGCGGCGGACGAUCUGCUGCUGCGGCGGCUGCGGGACUCGAUCCGGGGCAUCCUGGACGCGGCGAUGCGGCUGGACGCGGCGGAGCCGGGAGAGCCGCUGCUGCGCAACUACCUGGACGACGCGACGUGGUUCGGGGAGCUGGCGGGGACGACGCUGCUGGCGGCGACGGCGUACCGGAUGGCGCGGCUGGCGCCGGCCGAGUUCGGGGCGCGCUACGUGCGCUGGGCCGACGCGAAGCGCCGCGCCGCCGAGGCGCGCGUCGACGCCCGCGGCCUGCUCGCCCCCGUCGUCAACCCGCUCGACUGGCGCGACCGCACCCCCCGCUCCGAGUCCCCCGAGGCCCAGAGCUUCGCCGUCCUCAUGUUCGCCGCCCACCGCGACUACCUCGCCGCCACCGCCACAGGCGCCGACGGUGAUGUUAGCGAUUAGGUUGCGUCGCGUCGCGUUUGCGUUAUGUGGGAGAGAGAGUAUAGGGGGGGGG